CUGCAUCCACCCUCAUCGUCGCCAUGUCCUACGCGUCCGUUGCUGCCCAGAACGCCCCGCCCCCUUCCCAGCAGCCUCGCCCCGACCCCGCGCUGCUCACCACAGAACCCCCCUCUGCAAACAAUAUCACAGACGACGCGGCCAAGGUCAACAUCGUUUCCUCCGACUUCCGCUCCAACCCCGCCACCGAAACCUCUGUCAACGCGCCUGCAGGGCAUGCGACAGGUACUCCUGUAUCCCAUAACGCGAGGGGCAAGGCCAAGCGGUAUCUCCACGAGGCAGAGAAAGAGGGCUUCUACGUCUGGGAAGUAGCGAAACAAUAUCUCCUACGCCCGGGUGUUGCAGGCGGUCUCCUUGGCCUCGUAAAUGUCGGCCUCAUCUCUGCCGCAGGGUACGCGUUCUACACUAAGCCAUACCUACGCCGUGAAAACCGCGCCCUCGCAUCCACGGCGGCUGCCGCAUUUGUCCUCCUCUCUGGAGAGUCCUACGCAGCUGAAAAGUACCGCCAGACUCCCAGAGGCCAGGCCGAGGAGCGCAAGGCAAAGGAGGAAGGUGCAGCCGUAUACCGCUGCGCCAAGGAACAUCUUCUGCGUCCUGGUGUCCUUGGUGGUCUUCUCGGCGUCCUGAACGCGGGUGUCCUUGGUACCGUUGGUUACUUCGCAUACAAGGAAUGGGAUCGUCCCCAAUGGGACAGGCGAAUUGUGUCCGCCAUCUCUGUUGGCCUGUUAACGUUGUGGUCUGGUGAAGGAUAUGUGGCAGAACGUGCAACCCGUCGCUAAGCGGGAUUAUUCUUGAAUUUGAAGGACGCUCACUUUAGUGCGCCCAUGACGUACUUAAUCUGGUCCGCGUAUUGUACUACCCACCUCCUUUGUGGAUCAUGCAUACAGUAUAUGUCUGUUCCCCCCUUCAAUACAUUGUUGUACUCUGGAUGGACGCAUACACGCUGUAAGCGGUGAAUGGUUAUUGGCUCCCAGAAGUGUU